AUGCGGAAAGUCGGGGCCCCCAGCGGAAUGGGCCCCCUGGGCCGCUCGGGGGUCGUGCUGCUCACGUACGUGCUGGCAGCCCUAGAGCUCACCUGCCUCUUCAUGCAGUUCUCGAUCAUGCCCUACCUCUCUCGGAGGCUGGGCCUGGACUCCGUCGCCUUUGGCUACCAGCAGACUGUGUUUGGUGUGCUGCAGCUUCUGGGCGGGCCUGUGUUCGGCAGGUUCGCAGACCAGCACGGGGCGCGGGCAGCCUUCACGCUGUCCUUCCUGGCCUCCUCCGCCCUCUACCUGCUCCUAGCGGCCGCCUGCAUCCCCGCCCUGCCUGGCGUGGCCUUCCUCUUCGCCUCGCGCCUGCCGGGUGCACUCAUGCACACGCUGCCAGCUGCCCAGAUGGUCAUCGCGGACCUGUCCACACCUGAGGAGAGGCCCGCGGCCCUGGGCCGGCUGGGCCUGUGCUUCGGCGUCGGUCUCAUCUUCGGCUCCCUGCUCGGUGGAACCCUAAGCAGCUCGUGCGGGAUUCAGUGUCCGGUCAUUGUGGCCCUUGUGGUCACCCUCCUGGGAGCCCUCCUCAGCGUCACCUGCAUCCCAGCCAGCACCAAGGGGGCCAGCGCCCACGCCCAGACCACCCUGCCAGGGAAACCCAAAGCCAGCGUGUUUGAUCUGAAGGCCAUCACCCGCCUGCUGCUGCAGCCAGGCGUCCUGCCGGUGUUUCUGGUCAAGGUCAUCUGCGGCCUCCCCAUAGGGCUCUUCAUGGUCAUGUUCUCCAUCAUCUCCAUGGACUUCUUCCGGCUGGAGGCCGCCCAGGCCGGCUACCUCAUGUCCUUCUUCGGGGUCCUUCAGAUGGUCAUCCAGGGCCUGGUCAUCGGACGGCUGAGCAGCCACUUCUCCGAGGGAGCCCUGCUCCGGGCCAGCGUGCUGGUCUUCAGCGUGGUGGGACUGGCUAUGGCGCUGAUGGCCAACGUCUUCCACUUCUGCCUCCUGAUGCCCGGCCUGGUCUUCAGCCUGUGUGCCCUCAACGUGGUCACUGACAGCAUGCUGACCAAGGCCGUCUCGACCUCAGACACGGGAACCAUGCUGGGCCUCUGCGCCUCUGUGCAGCCACUGACGCGGACCCUGGGGCCCACCCUGGGCGGCCUCCUGUACCGUAGCUUCGGCGUUCCCGUCUUCGGCCAUGUGCAGUUCUCCGUCAACUUCAUCGUCCUCCUGGUCCUCUGGAAGCAGCCUGUGCCCCGGAAGAUGGACAGAGCCCAGUGA